AUGGCCGACCACGGCCCCACAGAGAAGAUGAACCUCUUCACAGCCGUCAACGGGGCGCUGCACAUCGCCAUGGAGACCGACCCCACGUAGGCGACGACAACACAGCGAGAAAAGGGUGCAUUUGUUGGUCAUUUGUGUGUUCGUGUGUGUGUUGUCUGUCUGUGUGUGGGGUGCAGGGCGUGUGUGUUUGGAGAGGACGUGGCCUUUGGCGGGGUGUUUCGGUGUUCCAUUGACUUGAGGGAGAAGUUCGGCCCACACAGAGUCUUCAACACGCCGCUCUCAGAACAGGUAGGUGUGAAGUGAAAUGUACUCUCUGUGUGUGUGAUGCUUACUUAGACUGCCUCACCACGGGUGUGCGUCUGUGUGUGUGCUGCAGGGUAUAGCGGGGUUUGCGAUAGGGAUGGCUGCCGUCGGCCACACGGCCAUCGCCGAGAUGCAGUUCGCCGACUACAUCUUCCCAGCAUUCGACCAGGUGAGAGUGACUGAUAUGCUCAUCCGUCCAUCCAUCUUGGUCUCUCUCUCUCUCUGCGUGUGCCAACGUAUAUAUAUGUGUGUGUGUGUGUGUGUGUAGCUGGUGAAUGAGGCGGCCAAGUUCCGUUACCGUGCUGGUGGUGUGUGGGACUGCGGCGGCCUGACCGUCAGAUCGGCAUGGGGCGCCGUCGGCCACGGAGGGCACUACCACUCACAAGUACAUCUAAUCAGCUAUGGAGGGACGUGCCCGUAUGUCGUGUCCGUGUGUAUCCCUGUGUCACUCAGUGUCCCGAGGCCUACUUCGCCCACACGCCAGGUCUCAAGGUGGUGGUGCCCCGCGGGCCCUACCAGGCCAAAGGACUCCUCCUCUCAUGCAUCAGAGGUAGGUACCUACCCACCUACCUGGCUGAGCUGCCUCAAUCAACCACUCACUCACUCAACGACUCUCUCUAGACAAGACACCCACCUGUGGCUGUGUGGCUGUGUGGCUGUGCUGUGUGGGUGUGUUGGUGGCAUCCAUCGAUGCAUCGUCCUAUCUGAUCAGACCGCAAUCCCUGUGUGUUCUUCGAGCCGAAGGCGUUGUAUCGCGCGGCGGUCGACCAGGUGCCUGUGGGCGACUACAACCUGCCGCUCUCAAAGGCCGAUGUCGUCCAGGAGGGAGACGACGUAAGCGCGCAAGCCGCACAGACAGACAGACAGACACGCACCGGAGAAUGGAUGGAUGGAUGGAUGUGUGUGUGUGUGUCAGAUAACCUGUGUGGGGUGGGGCACCCAGGUGCACCGAAUGCUCAAGGCUGCUGAGAUGGCCAAGGAGGAGGGCAUCAGCUGCGAAAUCAUCGACCUGCAAACCAUACUGCCAUGGGACGUGGUACGCACACAUCUCUGUCUGUCUGUCUGUCUGUAUGCCACCGUGGCCAUUCACACACACUGACACCAUGUCGCCAUUUUGUUGGUUGGUUGGUUCAGCACACGAUAGAGGAGUCCGUCAAGAAGACCGGCCGCCUUCUCGUCACGCAUGAGGCGCCGGUGAGUGCGUUCGUGCAGGAGUGAGAGAGAUGCGCACGCUCAGCUGUUGAUUCGCUGCGCUUCUAUGUGACCGAAUCGAUCGAUCAGCUGACACAGGGUUUCGGGGCUGAGAUCGCCGCGAGCAUCACGGAGCGGUGCUUCUUCAGCCUGGUGGGUGUGGGGUGUGGUGUCCACGCUCAGCUCGUCCCUCCCUCCCUGGCUGCGCACGUGGCGGGACUGUCUGUCUGUCUGUCUGUCUGGUGUGUGUGCAGGAGGCGCCGAUCAAGCGCGUGUGCGGUUACGACGUGCCCUUUCCCCUGAUAUACGAGAAGGUAGGUCAGCGGCUGACUGCAUCGCACGCACAGACACGGACACAGCCGCCGCCAAAACAGUGCACUCGCAACGCACACACACGUGUGUGUCAAUGUGUGACGUCAGUUCUACCUGCCUGACGAGUACAAGAUCUUUGAGGGCAUCAAGGAGGUCUGUGCGUGACUGACUGACUGCUGACACCCCGACUGCUGGCAUACAUGCCGAUGACAUACUUACUGGCUCAAGACAGUGCGAGAGGGAG